AUGUAUGCUUCUGAAAACAACUCUUCUGAAUCUAAGAGUCAGGAUGAUUCCCGUCGUCUGGAUUACACGGGUCUAAAGUUCGCGUAUGGUGACGGUUCUGAUGAUGAGGGCUCCUCACUGACUGCGGAACUGCCAUCGUGUGUGUAUGCUGCAGCCAGAAGCCGGCUCCAGCUGCCGUUAGCUGCUUACGUCCAUCAGCACUCGAGGCAGCUCCACUCAGAUGUGUUGUUGGACACGUCAACGGAACCGGAGUACCAGUGCGGGGGCUCACCUUACAGAGUGCAGCGCGCCGCCGCUAACGUCCGCGAGCGCCGACGGAUGCUGAGUAUAAACUCGGCGUUCGAUGAACUGCGAGUACACGUGCCGACCUUCCCGUAUGAGAAGCGACUCAGCAAGAUUGACACGCUUCGACUUGCCAUAGCUUACAUCGCUUUGCUUAGAGAGGUGUUGGAAGCUGAUUAUGACCCGCUGACAUACGUUGAAAAGUGCCUCCGCGGUGAGAUUAAGGCCGACAGAGCCCAUUGGAAUACUAGCGGUAAAUAUUUUACUAGUUUACAUAGAUUUGACUGCGAGACUGUCGUGGAUCAACUGGGAGAACCUCGGAGUGAAUCCUCAACGACGCAGCGUACUCACAUCACUUGCACUCAGUUCAGAUAA